AUGACAGACAUCGACAUCAAGACGUACAGCGACGACGCCUCGCUCGGGAAGGUGGCGCCGGCGAUCGAGUCGGCACACCCCAUCAAGGGCGAAAAAAUCGCUAUCACGGAGGAGAAGGUCUACGUGUUGUACUUCUUCAACACCUUCUACCGCGGCGCUGAUGUUUGCAACGACGAGUUCACGGCGCUGUCGGAGGAUAUGGUGGACAAGGCCGUUUUUGUCGCCAUCAGCACGGACGCCGACAUCGCCAAGACCGAGAAGUACCUGGGGAAGGAGAUCAUUGAUGAGAACACGAAGAAGCGCCUGCGUCUGGAUCCGUUCCACAUCUGCUACGACGAGGGCAAGGCGAUCAGCAAGAGCUACGCGGAGGUGUCGAAUCUGUCCGUGAUGUCGUGCCCCAUGGCCUUCGUUGUCAAGAAUGGCAAGAUCGCGUGGCGCCAGCAGUUCCUGCAGACCCACACCGUCAAUCAUUCUAACUUCCGCGCGCAGCUAUCCCACGUGCUGGCUGGUGAGGAGCUCGAAUCUAACGGACCUCGCCCGAAGGUGGAGAUUGAAGAGGAGGAGGCAGAGGGCAUGGAUGGCGAUAUGUCUCUGUUCUAA